CAAACUGUUCGUAUACAUUGUAGGACGUCAUUCAGUGUUUCCAACAUGUAUGGAUUUGGCGUAAUUGUUUUUCUGCUAACACUUGGCUCAUCCCUAGCACAGAAUUAUACACACGCGCAAUUGCUUGCAGGGGCGGAUAAGGGUUUUCAAUUCAUAGACAUUAAUAAUGAUACCUUUGUGGAAUUAACCGAACUGGAAGGAGCAUGGGACCUUGUUGAUUAUAACCACGAUCACCAAGUAAGUGAAUCAGAGUACGAGGCAGGUGGUUCCAACCAUGACUUCCGUGGGAUAAUCUUCCAGGAGAUGGACUAUGAUGGGGACGGAUACGUGGAUCACAGUGCCAUAAUGGGGCAAUACGUGGUGAUGGAUACCAACGCCGACAACAUCGUUAGCCGGAGGGAAUUUGACAUAUACUAUACGGCGUUAGUGGAGAGAGCGAUCAAGAAUUACGGAUAUUUACUUGGAUAGCAGGCAACAUAAGUACGUUAAUGCUCCUGGCGUGAUGGCAGAUUGUGUAUGGAUUAUAAUAAACACCAUAUGUAUGUUUA